UUGCUUGCCUCGAGUAUUUGUGGGUAUAUUAAACUAGCUAAUCAUCUCAUAAUGCAGUGUGCUGGUAAAGCAUUGGAGGAGCUUCUGGUUUCCGCUGAAAGUCAGGAAUGUCUGACAGUUGGAGUCUACGAGUCUGCAAAACUCAUGAAUGUUGAUCCAGACUGCGUGGCUUUCUGUGUUCUGGCAACUGAUGAGGAGUAUGAAGGUGAUAUCGCCCUGCAGAUCCACUUUACCUUAAUCCAGGCGUUCUGCUUUGAUAACGACAUCGACAUCGUGAGAGUGAAUGACACCCAGCGACUGGCUGAGAUUCUGGGCAAUACUGAUGAGUCUGACGAACCUAAAGAUGUGCAUUGCAUUCUUAUCACGAAUCCAAGUGAAGAUACGCUGGACGACCCUGCUCUGGAAAAGCUGAGCUUGUUCUGUGAGGAGUGUCGCAGCUUCAAUGAAUGGGUCCCUGCUAUCACACUUCCUGAGCGUUGAACUGAGACACGUCAACUCCUGUUGGGGAUGCUUAACCUUCAUUGAAUCAUCAUCAUGGAAUACAUGGGUGACCCAUCAAAUUCCUGAAAUCUGUGGAUUAUCCUAUUGAAUAAUCCAAUGAGGAAACAGAAAGUCGCAGGAACAGGCGUGCUGAAGGGCCUUGCGAUGCAGAUGGACGGUUCAUACCGAGGUGCCCCCACUUUCCAGACGGAGCGGGGGCUGGUAUAUCAUGUGGAGGCACUACUCUUGAGUUUGGGGGUCUGUGUGUAGGCUUUAAGAGAGGAAAAAGAAAAGAUAAAGAGCAUAAUGGAAACUCUUUAGCUGAAAUGAACUGGUGAAAAGUUUGCAAAUAAAAACUGCUAUUAAGAUGGGGAGUUUUGUAACAUACCUCAGCAGCUGUGAAAGAAAAACAAUUCUGGUGUGAAAUGUUUUGAAGUAAGAUGAUUAUGAACAGGCAGCUUUAUAACUUUAAAUGUUCUUGAUAUUCUCUCACAUCUGUUGUUAAACUAUGAGAAACUAAAUGCAUUUUACUAAACUGCAAAAGGUUGCAGUUAUUUUGAGAAAUGUUUUGAAUGCUUUGAAAUAAAAAUAAAAACAUACUUGU